CGCCAUCUGGUGCAGGGCCUUAAAAACUGUUCCACAUUUUUACUAAAAAACUAUGGCGUUAUUUUCCGCGUAAUAUGAAUCAGAAAUAAUAUUCUAAUAAUAAUUCUAAUUAAUGACUGAAUUUAAACAGUUUCGAGUCUGACAUUGGAAAAUGUCGCGUACAUUGUUUUGUAUUUAGAAAAUUGUGUAGCCUAUCGAAAACAAGUUUACAUGUAUCUUCAGUCAUACGUUGGCACGGAACGUAUCACGAGCGUCAAAAUUUAUCCCUUAGUGAUCUAAUUAGUUUUACAUCUAUCUAUUUAUAUUUCGAAUUUAUAUUGCGAAAUUCACCGUAAUAAUGUUUCGUUAUAUGCAUACGUACUCUGAAUACUGUGGACAGCAAUUGACAGAUAAUGUUGCACUAGAAGGAGAUUCAAGUGAACGAUCCUCAAUAGAUACAUACAUUGACCCACGCUUUCUGGAACCAUUGAAGAAUUCAUUUCAACAGGCAAAGUUGUAGAAGAAACCCUAUGCAUAUAAGAUGAUAAGAAGUGAAUGCAUAAAAAUAUAUUCCCAGUUGUCUCAGAGUAUAGGAUCGGUGAGCCAGUUCGAUAUUAUAGCUCUUGCAACAAUUUACUAUAACUUAGGUAUAAUAUAUAAGGAAUGUUGAGGGAUAAGGGAUUUAAAAGUUUCUCUAGAUAACUUGUCAAGAUCUCGCAAAUUAUUACGAGGAAUCGAGCUAAACUGCAACGCCAUUGUAAUAGUUGUAAAUAUAUUAAUAUAAGAUUGCUAUUAAUAGCAAUCAGUGAUGUACAAGAAACACAAAAAGAGUGAUAGUUAAAUGAAGCUAUCAAGUUAUGUUUACAAUAUAUUGAACAGGAUAAUUUCCGAUCGAAACCAAUUUGCACGUCGUAUAGAAAUGUUAUAUUCUCCUACUGGCGAGAUGGACGAAUGGAUAAAAACCAUACAUGAUUUUUUAAACAACCGGGCAAGAAUUAUCCCUCCGACUGAAGCAACAGAAUAUAUGGUGGGGAGAAUAGAGGGAGAUCCAUCAGUUAACGCGAAUAAUGAUAAUACUGUCAUGAAGCUAAAAGCAGAAGUUGCUUAUGCGUGGCUUAUGUAUACAACCGACAUUUUGCGAGUGUCGUCCUCACACCUAGAUAGAAGGACUACAAGCUCAACAAGCAAGCUCUGUACCAAGUGAAGGAGAAUCUCGACAAACAAGCCCAAAUCAAGAGGAACCUCACGAGUUAUUAUUUACGUCACUGAGCGAACACUUAGCAGAUAUUAAUAACAGAAUUACUGAUUCGUAUGUAUCAAAUAUAGAUGACGCAGAUAGAGUUACUGCCUUUGCAGCAGACCAAUAUAAUUUGGCUAAUAUUUUCGUUAAAUUCGGCAACGAUGUCGGACAUCUCCAAGCAGUUCUUAAAUAUGGUUUGACAAUUAAAUACCUCGCAUCUUUUACGACCGAUAAGAACAUACAAACACAAAUACAAGAGUGCCGAAAAACGUUCUUACGUACUAUUUGCAAUGAAUAUGCACAGAAUAUGAUACAUGUACUAGAAGUUGUAUUUCAUCUUGUAGGCAUUCUACAGAUGUGAAGAGAUCCUACAGUAUAUAGUUUCUUUUAUUCCACUUUAGAGGAGAGUAUUCCACAUUUUUUAAGCUCGUUGGAUAAUUAUAAGUACUGGAUAGCAAAUAGGAGAUGCUAAUUCAUUUAAAAAUUCUAAUAACUAUUUCGUGUGUUAGUAUUAGAUACAUAAUGUAAUAAUAUACAUUUGACUGAUUUGAUAUUAUUCAUAAUCUGUUGCAUCCCUUUUUUCCCACCAAGUUUAUUUUUAAAAUUUCCAAGUGUUAAACUCAAUGGUAUGAUUUAAUGUAUUGAUUCAUGGAUAUUUAAAUUGUGACAAAUACCAAAUAUAUUAUACGUGAUAUUAUCCAUCUUUUA